UGUCAGCGGCACGUUGCUCCAUCAGAAGCAGCAUUUCGCAAGCAUGGAGAAGAGUCAAGCUCUCCUACUGAUCCGGGAUUUUUGGAAUACUUGAAUGGCAAACAUGGCUUCCCUUCCAUCCACGACAAAACGAAGCCAUCACAAGAAGCAAUAAGGCGCUACAAGGAAGAGACAGGGCUUACUAUUGAUUAUGGAAAGUACACAGCUAAGGAGGACCGCACUCUGCUCAGGAACAUUUACGACAUAGCAAACUAUUACAGCAUUCGUUACCCUUACAUGAUUGUGGGACACUGUGGACAUCAUGACAAGGCUUUACAGAAGGAAGUCAAAGACUUGGUUAAAAAAGAGAAGCUGCUGCGAAUAUUGGGGAGAGGACUGCCACGCAGAACGAUCCAUUCAGCGUAUAUGCGGGCUCGUAUUCUGUUGAAUCCUUUAGGCCCUGCUGCAAAGGCAGUCCUAACUCCAGAGCAGAAGAAACAGGUGCUGCUCCUGUAUGACAGGGUUGGACCAAAAUGGACGGAUAUGGCACAGAAGAUGGGCCUCGCAGCAGAGCAGUUGAGAAGUGCUUUUCGUUUCUUCAAGGAGAAAGAGAGUUUUGCAACUGGCAAGUGGGAAAAAUCAGAAGAUGACUUUCUCAAGGAGGCAGUUGAACUUCAGAUUGGUGAUGUCAAGGCAAAACUGAAGGACAUUGACUGGCAGGCAGUUGCACGUCAUGUACGAAGUCGAAAUGCAGUUCAGUGUAAGAGGCGAUGGACCUUGAGACAGCAGGGACUUCAGGCUGUUAAUAGGAAGCGGAAGUGGAACAGAUUUGACUCUAUUCACCUGAUUUGCAUAAUGCAUGAGCUCCGUGCACUCAGGUCAUCUGAAGUUGACUGGGAAACUGUAGGAGAAUCAUUUCCAUGGGCACCAUCUCCCUUGGUAGCCAAGUAUCAUUGGGAAAGCACACUGAAUUUUUAUCUCCCACCAGACAAGCGCAAGGAUUUUCAGUCUAAGGUAAAAAAUCUAUACAAGAUAGCUCUGCCAUCACUGCUUGAAAAAUAUGGGAAAGGAAAAACUUUGGAAGAAAUUAUAGUGCUCUCCAAGGCACCCUCUCCCUGAAAAGGUACCUAGAAAAGGCCAUGGCAACAUAUUUGUCCUGCACUCAGCAACUUGGUUGGCUCACUUGUAUUUGUGAAACUGCUUUUUUUUGUUUUACUUUACCCAUCUCAUUGACAGAUCAGUAUUGUGCGUCUUAUACAUUAUGAAUUUUCAUAAGCAUGUAAAAUAAACUUUUUUGUUUACAUUGUUUAA